CGUUUGUCAUUUUGGCCAAUGCUUAUAAACAUGAUAAUUCAAAAAAUAAAAUCUCUGACUGUUGUAAAGCACCGGGUUGUCCAGGAUGGACAAAUACACAUCACAAGUUAAAUUAUUAUGAUAUCAAACCAAGAACUGAUAUUAAGACUCCAAAACAGUGUUGUCAAGGAUGUUUUAAAGAUCCUGAUUGUAUACAAUGGUCUUUUGGACAAGAUAUAUGUCGUUUUGAAGUCGAAAGAAUUUCACAACCGUUGUUAAGUAUUUGUAAUAAAACUACAGGUCCACCUAUACUUAAUGCUCAAUGUGGAAUUAUGCGUUGUGAUGAUGGUUGCAUACCUCCUAGAUCCACAAAA